AACACAAUACAGGCAUUGUCGUUUGCUUGCUUGCUCGUCAUGCUUUGGGGUUCGAGCCCGUGUCUGGACUUGGCGUCUUACGGCGUCGGUCGCGGUAGUAUAAACGUGUUGAUCAUAAGCGCCGGCGACAGUCGCCACGUUCUGCAAACGAUCGCCAAACGGUAUCGGCACGCUUAUGCCAAGAUCAAUAUGGAGAUCUAUGAACCGGUGCCGGAAAUGUACGCCAGGUACAUACAGCAAAUAGCCUUGGCGCUGGAACCCGUCGACCGCAUUAGCCUGUCUUUUAAGGUGCGCACGUGGAUGGAACUCUACGGCAACGCGUUAGUGAGACCAAACACGAAUAAUUAUUUAAUUAAAAAAUCCGCUCAACUGAUAGACUUGAUUACCGACGACGUUGCUAGUGAAUACUGUUUGCCGACGGUCAAGUACGAUGCACUGAAAUACAAGGAAAGAGAUUGUAUAGAAAAUUUGUACAAGUAUUGGAGGAACAACGUGGGGUUCAAUAUAGUGAAAAUGUGGGAUCUGAGAGUCCGACAAUAUCUGGGCACCAGAUACGAUUACAGGAACAACGCGUUCGACUGGGACUUGCACAUGGGCCUACACUACAUCAAAGGCGGCAAGAGGAUAACGAGCCAAGAGUACAUCUAUUGGCGUAGCACCGGUGUGGCUUACACGUUUUUGGAGACCGACUGCACCAAACCCAACUAUACGUUUGCCUUGGCAUUGCUCAAAAACGGCGAGGACACCGCAGCGAUGCACUACUACGGUGAUAUACUCAACGGACCCUUUAUGUCUUUUGGACUGGAUUGCGAGGACCAAGACAUGCUGAAGACUGGCAACAUGCAGCCCUUGAAGCGGUCGGCAGAUUUAACCGAGAGAAACUUGACAAGAAUGUUUUACGAAAUUGAAAACCAAAAGCCUUACGUGCACAAAGGUAAAGAAGACGACGAUUAUCCCGGAGUGAUAAUAACAGAAUUGCCCGAUAUCAAAGUCGAAGACGACCAAACGAAAACGGCACACACUAAAGUCAAGUCCGAACGUUAUUCAAGCAUAGCGGUAAACGACGUACAAGUCAAGUUCCUAACAAAAUCGGCCAUGGUUGAUUAUCCGGAAUUCGAGAGGUAUAACAAGUUGUUCGAUGUUGUUUACUGUGGGCAUACGUUUAUAGAGAAAAUCAACCCUAAAAUAAUGUCAAUGGUCAAGGACGACGGUGUAGUAAUGAUGGAGACGAGGAAAUUUAUCGUCAACUAUAAAGAAGAGCAACACAAAACGUUUAAGCAGAAAUUAAUGGACUCCAUGGAGAAGUGUAAAUGUAAGGCGUCGGCAAAUGUUGACGUCACUCAAAACGCAGUAAUUAAGUUUCAGGUGAAGCGUGAUGUAUAA